AUGCCUUCCGAAAACGCCCAGUCCGUCAAGGUCCUUGACGAGCUCUUCCAGAAGCUCACCGUCUCCAAGGAGGCUGCUGACAUCAAGGAGUCUGCCAACCAGCUGGCCAGCUUCAUCAACGGUCGUAUUGAGGACCAGGAUGUUCCCAACAAGACCAUCGACAACUUGAAGAAGAGCCUUACCAACAAGAAGGAUGCCGUGGCUCGUGAGCAGGCUUGCGUUGCCAUCCAGGCCAUCGCUUCCCACUCUGAGGUUUCUGCUAACGUCGAGCCUUACCUGGUGGUCCUCCUCCCCAGUGUCUUGGCUGCCGUUGGUGACAAAAUCACUGCUGUUAAGAACGCUGCCACUGCUGCCGUCCUUGCCAUUGCUGGCGCCAUCAACGGCAAUGCCUGCAAGGCUGCCCUCCCUGCCAUCAUGGAGUCCAUCCGCACUGCUCAGAAGUGGCCUGAGAAGAUGGCUGCUCUGGACUUCAUCGACGCCCUGAUCAAGACUGCUCCCGCUCAGCUUGCUUUCCGUGUCCCUGACUUGAUCCCCGUCGUCUCCGAGGCCAUGUGGGACACCAAGAAGGAGGUCAAGGAGCGUGCCUACAAGACCAUGGAGCAGAUCUGCCAGCUCAUUGUCAACAGAGAUAUCGAGCGCUUCAUUCCCGAGCUCAUCAAGUGUAUUGCCAAGCCCGAGAACGUCCCCGAGACUGUUCACUUGCUCGGUGCCACCACUUUCGUCACUGAGGUCCAGGAGCCCACUCUUGCUCUCAUGGUCCCUCUUCUGGAUCGUGGUCUUGCUGAGCGCGAGACUGCCAUCAAGCGAAAGUCUGCCGUCAUUGUCGACAACAUGUGCAAGCUCGUCGACGACCCCAACAUUGUUGCUCCUUUCUUGCCCAAGAUGAUGCCCGGUCUCCAGAAGAACUACGACAACUUGGCUGACCCCGAGGCCCGUGAGAAGACCAAGCAGGCCCUGGACACCAUUACCCGUGUCGGUAAUAUCGUUGACGGCAAGAUCCCCGAGGUCCGCAACGAUGGUGACAUCAGCGUCGUCCUCGGCAAGCUCAAGGAAAUUCUCUCCUCCAAAUAUGCCACGUACCUCGAGAAGAUGGGCCCCGUUGCCGAGUACAUUGCUGCUAUGGCUGGUCAGCUCAUUGACGAGAAGGAGAGUGAGAAUGCUGUCUGGGUUGAGAACCUCAAGGCUUAUGUCUCUGUCAUCACCGGUAUUGACAACGCCGAGGCUAUCGUCGACUCUCUCCGCAAGCGUGCCUCCCCCGGUGCUGCUGAGGAGGAGGCCGUUGAGGCCGAUGAGGAGGAGGGUGAGGACCUUUGCAACUGCACCUUCUCCCUGGCCUACGGUGCCAAGAUUCUUCUCAACCAGACUCACCUUCGUCUUAAGCGUGGUCAGCGCUAUGGUCUUUGUGGUCCCAACGGUUCCGGAAAGUCUACUCUUAUGCGCGCCAUCAACAACGAGCAGGUUGAGGGCUUCCCCAAGCAGAGCGAAGUCAAGACCGUCUUCGUGGAGCACGACCUGGACUCUGCCGAUACUGAGAUGACUACCAUUGACUGGACCAUGAAGAAGCUUGGCGAGGCCAAGGUCGAUGUCACUCAACCCGAUGUCGAGAAGCAGCUUGUUGAAUUCGGCUUUACCCCUACCAUGAUUUCUGGCGAAAUCACCGCUCUCUCCGGUGGUUGGAAGAUGAAGCUCGCCCUGUGCCGUGCCGUCUUCGAAGCUCCCGAUAUUCUGCUGCUCGAUGAGCCUACCAACCACUUGGAUGUCAAGAAUGUCAAGUGGCUCGAGGACUACCUCACCAGCUCCCCUUGCACCUCUAUCAUUGUCUCUCACGACUCCAGCUUCCUCGACAACGUCUGCCAGCACAUCGUCCAUUACGAGCGCUUCAAGCUUAAGCGCUACCGUGGUAACCUGGCCGAGUUCGUCAAGAGAGUGCCCUCUGCCAAGUCUUACUACGAGUUGGGUGCCUCUGAGAUGGAGUUCACCUUCCCUGAGCCCGGUUUCCUCGAGGGUGUCAAGACCAAGGCCAAGGCCAUUCUGCGUGCCUCAAAGAUGUCCUUCCAGUACCCUGGUACCUCCAAGCCCCAGAUCAGCGACAUCACUUUCCAGUGCUCUCUGGGCUCCCGUAUUGCUGUCAUCGGUCCCAAUGGUGCUGGCAAGUCUACUCUCAUCAACGUCCUGACUGGUGAGCUGAUCCCCACCCAGGGUGAGAUCUACCAGCACGAGAACAUUCGUAUUGCCUACAUCAAGCAGCACGCUUUCGCCCACAUUGAUAACCAUCUGGACAGCACUCCCUCUGAGUACAUUCAGUGGCGUUUCCAGACUGGUGAGGAUCGUGAGACUAUGGACCGUGCCAACAAGAUUAUUACCGAGGACGACGAGAAGGCCAUGGACAAGGUCUUCAGAAUUGAGGGUACCCAGCGCCGCAUUAUUGGCAUCAACUCCCGAAGAAAGUUCAAGAACAGCUACGAGUAUGAGUGUUCAUGCGCCCUUGGUGAGAACGUGGGCAUGAAGAACGAGCGCUGGACCCCCAUGAUGUCUGCCGACAACGUCUGGUUGCCCCGUAACGAGCUUUUGGCUUCUCACCAGAAGAUGGUGGCUGACGUCGAUAUGAAGGAGGCUCUUGCCUCUGGUCAGUUCCGCCCCCUGGUCCGAAAGGAGAUCGAGGCUCACUGCGCCAACUUUGGUCUCGAUGCCGAACUUGUUUCACACUCCCGCAUGCGCGGUCUGUCAGGUGGUCAGCGUGUCAAGACCGUCCUUGCGGCCUGCUCAUGGCAGCGACCUCACUUGAUCGUCCUUGACGAGCCUACCAACUAUCUUGAUCGUGACUCUCUCGGUGCCUUGUCCAAGGCCCUGAAGAAGUUCGAGGGUGGUGUCAUCAUCAUCACUCACUCUGCUGAGUUCACUAAGGAUUUGACUGAGGAAGUCUGGGCUGUCAUGGACGGCAAGAUGACUCCUUCCGGCCAUAACUGGGUUGCCGGCCAGGGCAGUGGUCCCCGUCUCAAGCAGGAUGACGAUGAAGAGGAGGACAAGUUCGACGCCAUGGGCAACAAGAUUGUCAGCACCAAGAAGAAGGCCAAGUUGACCUCUUCUGAGCUACGAAAGAAGAAGAAGGAGCGUAUGGCCCGCCGCAAGCGUGGCGAGGAGGUUUUCAGCGACGAGGACGAUAUUUAA